GGUGGGAGGGCGGGGAGAGGAGGGGCGCUGCACAUGCACACGCACAUGGACGAUCGCUGGGCUGCACCUCGAGGUUGGACGGGAACGUUUUGAAGCGGGAGAUCUUGUGUGAGCGAGCCCCUCCACGCGCGGGUCGGCGCUCUCGGGGGGCUUUAAAGGAGCUCAGGUAUGACGGCGCGUUGCCCCUCCUCCUCCACCUCAUCCUCCUCCUCCCUGUCCCCGCGCACUCAUAAUAUAAGCGUGCAUCUCGAGAGCCAUUAUCGUGGAUGAAUAUUUCUCACAUGACGGAAUAAACGUCGGACACUCGUGAAACGCGCGCCAUGACACGCGCCGAUGACAAGCGCGUGCUUUUCCGUUAACAAAAGUGACGAUACUUUUUUGUACUCUUAUUUUUUUUAUUUAAUAUUUUCAAUACGCUUUUUGAAGUCGUGGAACAAACAGGGAUUUAUACGAGGAACUACUACACUGAAGUAUGGAGAGUUGUGCGGGUUUGGGUGUCGACUCUUAAUUAGGUCGCGAGACGGUUUUUGAGACAUCUGUGUUUGUUUGGAGCGAUGCGCACUUGGCUGUUUCUAAUCCCGGAGGUUGAUGCUUGCGAGUGGCCGAUGAAUCAAACACCAGCCUCGGUCUCCCAGUAACGCCUGGGAGCCGGCGGAUUUGUAGCAGAUUAGUGAGUGAACCGCUGUUUUCCUCCAACUCCUGAUUAAAAGCGCGUCUUUUCGCUGCCACGGACGGACGCUCUGCAAAAGCGCGCAGCGCGGAAUCUAACGCGGAAAGAAAAACAGAAGCCCUUUCUCCCCCCGCUCACAUGUGUUCAUCACAGACUCUCCCCACGGAGGCGGACGUCACACGUCGCGGGCGUGUCGGUCGACGUGGAGACAUCAGGAUACGCGCUGGAGACGCGCACCUGAACGGGAGACUCCUUCCUCAGCUUGGUGUUCUCCGUGGAUGUCAUGGGGACUAUCUGCUCGGACGUACUUCUUAAAUCAGCAGGAAAACACUCACUCACUCACUCACAUAUGCACAAACACUCACACCCGCACGCACACACACCUCUGUUACGCGCUUCGGGUCACGCUGGGACCAUGUCACGCCGUAAAUGAUCAAAGCGCGUUUUUUUUUUUUUCGUGGAUGCGUUUCCGCGGACCUCGAUUCCGCCGCCCGGCCACCUGACGAUGCCUCUGCGAGGAUGUUGCGCUUCCCUGUAAAGAAAAUUCGGAAGCAAUUCAAACUGCUUCUGUUGCUGGUCCUGCUGACCUUCGCCGUGUGGUUCACCUACCUGCACAUCAACCAGGGCAAGAGCAUCAGGCUGCACUUCAACUAUGGCAAAGACGGAGAGAGACAGAGCGAGGGGACGGACGCCAGCCGCAAGAGGGACAGCCGGUCGGCGGGACGCCACAGGAGCGAGGACAGCAGCGACAGCCGGGAGGACGACGGCAACGAGGAGGAGCUGCUGUCACGAGGCGUUGCUGACGGCAGAGACUACAACCACAUCCGGAAGUACCUCAGCCAACACCAGCAGAAGCUACCCUGGAGUCCCGAGUAUAAAGGCCUGGUCAACCUGCAUGUGUUUGAAGACUGGUGCGGCUCCUCUAUAGCCCAGCUCAGGAAGAACUUGCACUUUCCUCUCUACCCACACACACGAACCACGGUGAAGAAGCUAGCCGUGGCUCCAAAAUGGAAGAACUAUGGGCUAAGGAUCUUCGGGUUCCUGCACCCUUACAGAGACGGAGAUUUCCAGUUCUCCGUCUCGUCCGACGACAACUCCGAGUUCUGGCUGAGCUCCGACGACAGCCCGCUCAACGCCCGGCUGCUGGUCUACGUGGGAAGGCUCGGUACAGAGUGGACUGCUCCAGGCGAGUUCAGCAAGUUCAGGUCCCAGUCUUCUAAAUCAGUACAGUAAGUACACACACACACAAACUCACACAGGCAUGAACACGCACACGUACACACCUUAGCACACACAUACACACAAACUCACAGACGCACGCACAUGCAUACACACGCACACCCACAAAAACACACACAUACACCCGCAAGCAUACACACACACACAAGCACAUACACACACACACACACACGCAAAAACAAGUUAGAUACCACAGCCUAUAACCAAGGUAGGGGCGCUAAAAGCUGCAGUGGUCGACGUCUCCUAGCAUGUUAGCAUAGAGAGUGAAUCGCCCCAUUGGUCUUGAUCAAGUGCAUCCUCCUUAUCUACUUCACACACACUUACAGGCAUGUGUGUGUGUGUCUGUGAUUAACAUUCAGGCCUAGAAACACACACACACAAACAGACACUCACACAGACAAAGAGCCCAUGCCUACUCGGCACAUGCAUUGUGCGCCCAGCGGUUGUGUUCAUCGUGUGUGAAUAGGCUCCAGCCACUCAGCUGGCACACAUGGCUGUGUGAAGUGGCCCUCAUGUCCAGGCUCCGCGGGAGCACUCUGAAGAGAACGUCUCCAACCCAGUCUGUCAUAUUAUCUCCUUCGGAAGUCCGCU